AUGUCGAUAUUGGAGAAGGUGCUGGUUGAGAGCUCCAAGACGGAUGUGAACCAGCAGGAAACAAUCGAUGCGUCCAGUAGCAUAUCGAUAGUGGAACAAUGCCUUGGGGCGGCGUACAAGAACACUCAGGAGUAUGUACAAGUGCGUAAUUCUGUGACCAAGAACUUUAUGACCCAGGGCAAUCUGGACGCCAGUAUUUUGUACACGAGGCCGUUUGCAUGCUUGUCGACGAACGAGCGCAAAGAAUGGACGCAAUGUCUAGAUCUAGGUCGCAGCCUCAAGGUGUCCAGUGGCGCCAACAUUACUACUGACGACGUGAUGGAGUAUAUGUAUCCUUCCGAUGACCGUCUGGCGGACAUCCUUGAAAAGUAUCUCGAGGGAGAAAAAACACUGGACGCAUCCUUCAUAGAAGACGCGAACACGGGAGUUGUCGCCGGCGGCUAUAAGAUUCGAUGA